AUGGUCGAUAGACCGAUUCCACAGCCGGGGCCGGCACGCUUAAGACGUACCGCCGGGCCCGAUGAAUGGCUGGAGGCCGCCAAAAAUUGCAAAUAUCUGUCGGAGCAUCACAUGAAGCAGCUAUGUGAAAUCGUCAAGGAAUAUAUGAUGGAAGAGUCCAACAUCCAGCCUGUCUCAAGUCCGGUCACCAUAUGCGGUGAUAUACAUGGCCAGUUCUACGAUCUCCUUGAGCUAUUCCGGGUUGCCGGCGGCAUGCCCGGUGAACCCGAUAGUGAAGGCAUCUCCACUCCAUCCGCCGUCAUAACUUCAGAUGACAUCGAACCGCCCUCCGUCAUUACGGACCCAAAGCUACGGAAGAAGAUUAGACUCAGCCGGGAACACGAAGACGACGAAGAAUCAAGCCAUACUCAGGUAGACAAUAAUGGUGGAAGCAAUGAUACGGCUACGUCUCCAACUGGAAAUUUUAUUUUUUUGGGAGAUUACGUCGAUCGGGGCUACUUCAGCCUUGAAACCCUUACCUUACUUCUGUGCCUAAAGGCAAAAUACCCUGACAGAAUCACCCUUGUUCGCGGGAACCACGAAUCUCGCCAGAUCACACAGGUCUACGGGUUUUAUGAGGAAUGUAUUCAAAAGUAUGGGAAUGCAUCGGUCUGGAAGGCUUGUUGCCAAGUGUUUGACUUUAUGACGCUUGGUGCAAUUGUGGAUGGCAAAGUACUUUGCGUCCAUGGUGGACUUAGCCCGGAAAUCCGAACUCUCGACCAGGUACGGAUAGUUGCGAGGGCCCAAGAAAUUCCCCACGAAGGUGCAUUCUGUGAUCUGGUAUGGUCGGAUCCCGACGAAGAACCAUCCACAACUUGGGCUGUGAGCCCACGAGGCGCUGGCUGGCUUUUUGGAAGCAAGGUUGCCGACGAAUUUUGCGAAGUCAAUGACUUGAGUCUAAUCGCGCGGGCUCACCAACUGGUCAACGAAGGCUAUAAAUACCAUUUCAACAACCAAAACAUGGUAACGGUUUGGAGUGCGCCGAACUAUUGUUACAGAUGUGCAAACAUGGCAUCUGUUUGUGAGGUUCGGGAAGAUCUCAAACCGACGUUCAAGUUGUUUGCGGCAGUACCUGCAGAUCAGCGACACGUACCACAAUCAAGGCCUGUCAAGACGGAAUACUUUCUUUAA